AUGAUCCACUGGAGCCGUCACAGCCGGUUCUCUAUCCACAGAGAAAGCAAGGCCAACUGUCUUGAUGCCAAGCACGACACAGCCCAGUCCCCAGAUGUUAACUCCAAAGGGAGCAUGCUUCUCGGAGCUUUGAUCAUGGAGCUGCUCGCAUACGGCGGAAUCCCGGAACUUCUCCGGCCGCACCGCAAAGGCGACCGCUCCCAGAUCUUGAGCAGCCAGAGUGGUAUCGCUAUCGACCGCAGAGCUGUACACCUCUUCCAGCUUGUGACCACAGACGGGCACAUCCCAUACCAAACAUGA